ACUUGAGUUGAAACCUAUAACACACAGUUAAGUUUUCUGUGAUCUCCUGAGAGUCCUUUUUUCAAAAACACAUUCAAAAUGAAAUUCGCUAUCGUAUCCCUGUUCACUUUGGCUUUGGUCUUGGGUGCUCAAGCAUCCAUAAUUCCUUGGGGUAAUGUAAUUACCGAACUAGCUGGUGGACCUCUCUCAUACACUGCCGUCACAUCACCAAUUUUGCCAGCUUGGCCUGCUGCUGUUCCUAUCGUAGCUGCUGCUCCUGCUAGUUAUGUUGCCAAAACUCGUGGUGCUGUCCAUGCGGCUCCAUUGGAGGGACAUCUCAAUUCGGUAGCCAAUAUUAAUGUAGCUCCUGCUCCUGGUACCUGGUAAGGACAUCCCUUCAGUGCAUUCAUCGUAGUCAAUAAACAAGUUUCCCGCCCUUACAAAAACUGCCAGUGUGAUGUUUGAAUUCUUUUUUCUUUUCUCCGAAAAAGAGCAAAAGAAAUUAGUUGUAAAUUUAUUUUUUUUGUUUUAUUUUCGUUUAAUACAGGGUACAAUCUAAAAUAUUCUAAUUUGCACAUUAACUUGAUUUUCUUGUUAACUUAUUCACUCUUUACAUUUCAACACUUUUUUCGAUUUUUUUUUUUUAAUUUUCUUUCAACUAUAUUUUCUUAAUUUCUGUUAAUAA